CCAAUGAUCGCCCUUGACGGCAGAACCAGUAAGUAGGUGUACAGCGUACACUGUAGUGUAUGGCACUCAGGAGUAUUAGCUUAUUACGUACACGUUGGUAAGCUUUUUUUCAAACUUUAUUUGAAAUUAUAAGCGAACAGUCAGACAUUCCAGUUCAGUUCUCUUCACUUUAGCUCCUAAGAAGAUUCGUGUUGAGUUUUGACGUGAGACGAUAUGAACGGAAAAAUAAGCCUUCUCCUUCUUUUUCUCGUCUUCCUUACAUCGACACCAGGUGUGUGCCCACUGAGUUUCCAGGAAGUAAAUGUCGAGGCAGGUGAGAUGGCGGUACUGCAGUGCCCUUCUUACAGAGAGUACCGUGAUGGAGAUGCUGAGGUGUUCUGGACCAGUCACACCGUGGAUAAAAUGAAACUCUUCAACAUGUCAACGUCAGCUGAGCAGAGGCAGAUGGGUGUGCUGGUUCAUGGAAGAAUCCUUGUCAUUCUCAGAGCUUCAGUAAACCAUCAGGGGAAUUACUCCUGCUCUUUUCGGAAUUCCAGCAAACAGUCCUGGAUAAGCCUCAAAGUUUAUACAGCACAGUCCAGAGACUCUGAGCAAAUGAACCAGAUCUCUAAAGAAUGUUACACAGAGGAGUACUGCAAGUUGUAUUGCCCUGAAAAAAAUGUUCCCUUUAACACCCUGAAUAUCACCAGAAGCGGCAUCACAUGGCACAAGGAGGGCGGGUCAUCACCAAAAGACGGUUACUUCCCAAGUGUGAAAAAAGAGGACAGUGGCAACUAUACCUGCACCCGGUCUUACCUGUAUGAUGGUCAAAUAUAUAACAUGACCUCUACGGUGAAACUUGAUGUCCAACCAAGCAAAAUAACUAAGAAAGCAGUGAUAAUUUCACCAGAGAACAAGCAGGUAUUUGAGGUAGAUUUAGGUUCAACAGUGGUGAUUGAUUGUAAAGCAGUUAUGAUGUCAGAGACUGAUGACUUGUUUUGGUUAAGUGGAAGUUCAUUUGUGGAUACAGACACUAGUCUACCAAUUUUCUAUAAUGAUACACGGGUCAUCAGCACAGAGGAAAUCAGAAUGAGAACAUCUCUAAUCUUCAGAAAAGUGUCAGAGGACGAUCUGUCAAAAAACUAUACCUGUAAACUGCAAUCUGCCUACCAAACAAGCUUAGUCACUAUCACUCUAAAACAAAAAGCUGCUCCUUCCUCUUGCUUUGUGGCUUUAUGGAUUGUGGGCUUUGUGCUGAUGGUGAUGGUACUAACAGCAAUUAUUUAUGCAAAGUUUAAAGUCGACAUCACGCUUUUCCUUCGUCUAAUUCUUGGCUGCCAUCGAACCAUCCCAGAUGGAAAAAGCUACAACGCCUGCUUGAUGUAUUACAAGAGUAGCACAGAUCCAGGACUAAAUGAAGAUGACAGAAAAAGGCUGGAAAGUGAAAUGAAGUACAGACUUGGUUAUAGUCUCUGUUGCUACAGUCCUGAUGUUGUACCAGAGAGAGGAGAGGCUGUGUUAGACUGCAUAAAGCAGAGUCAGACAGUGGUUCUGGUCCCCUGCUCAGAAGAUUCUGGUUCAGGAGUCGACCUGCUGAAAAGUAUCCAAGCAUCCCUCAAGAAGUUGCAGACUCACGUGGUUUUGAUUAAAACUGAGACAGCCGGAGUCUUGAGCACAAGUUCAUCUUUAGAGGCCUUACAACUCUGCAAAGCUGCAGACUGUGUCACCUGGAAGGGAAAAAGCUCGAUGCUGCCCUCUUCUGCCUUCUGGAAGCUGCUACGUUAUUACCUACCUGCCCCACAGAGAGCACCCAGAGCUUUAAUAUGACUAUACAGUAUAUACUAUACAGUAUUUAGGAUGUAUUUCCUCCACUGAAUACACACACAUGUAAAGGAAGCUCUUAAAACAUGUGGUUAUCCUAUUUGGUCUUUCAUCAAGUCAGCAAAGAGGCACAGAGAAGACGAUCAGACAGAAACUAGGGAGGAUCAGAAAGACUAACACAACAUCCCAGUGUACUUCAGACCCAGCCACACAAAAAGUGGUUCAUCCGAAAGACAGAACUCCUAAACACAAACUUAACAAUGUGGUGUAUGCUGUACAGUGUAGCGAGGAAUGCCCAGACCCCUACAUUGGAGAGACCAAACACCCACUUCAUAAACGCAUGGCACAACAUAGAAGAGCCACCUCCACAGGACAAGACUCAGCAGUCCAUCUGCAUCUAGGACAAAGACACUCCUUCGAGGACACCAAUGUUCACAUUUAGAACAGAGAAGACAGAUGGUUUAAAAGAGGAGUGAAGGAAGCCGUCUAUGUCCACUGUCAAUGACAAUCUAUGAACAGAGGCGGUGGCUUACAACACCAACUGUCUGCCAUCUAUAACCCAGUUUUGAGAUCCCUUCCCAGACGCCUUAACGACCACUCACAUCCUGGGCCUUUUGACCUCAGGAAAUCGUAUGAUAGGGUUAGGGCUAGGUUUCACUAUGAGUACACCCGAAACCAUGCAUGAUUGCUACCCACACCCGUUUUCACACCUUGGCUCAUGUGAUUAGGUAGAGGAUCAAUAGGGGGCCCAUGUCCCUCUUGGUGGGUUACUCCCAUAGAGCUUAAAUCUGGGACUCUCCAUCAUUUGACCCUAGAACUGAAGAAGCUUUUCGGUUGAGAGGUGAAAAGUCUUCAAGCAACUUUAAGAAGUCCAGACGCUUUUCUUUCCAAGCUCCUUAGACUGCAAGCUGGAGAGGAAGCAGCAUCUCACUAAUCCAGAAGAUCUUCAUUUAGUCUGGAUAAAAGCAUAACAUUUUAACUAUUAGAGGAAAUAUUUAUUUAUAACUAUCACACAAAUGUAUCAUUAUAUACAGACACUUUUAUUGCUACUGAUAUAUUUAUUUAUAUAUAUUUUUUGUCAUGUUCUGUAUAAUAUUGUACUUUUCUGUUAAUAGUGUUAUUUUGUAUUUCCUUAUGCUGAUGGGUUUGUUUAUUGUGUUAUCUUCUGAUAUCUGGUAUUGGUUCUUUUUUUUCCUUAUUUGUGCCUCAAGUUUUUAGUUUGAUUAUACAGUUAUGUUCAAAAUAAUAGCAGUGUGUUUUAAAAUGUGAGUAAAGCUCAAAAUCAUCAUAAACACGUAUGCCAGCCAGGAUGAUUUGACAACCUUUCACAAUUCCUCUGAAUUUCUUGGUUUUGCCUCAGAAACAGCAUUUUUGAUGUCACCCAACAAGUUUUCUAUUAGAUUAAGGUGUGGGGAUUGGGCUGGCCACUCCAUAAGCUUCAUUUUGUUGGCAGCAUGACCUUAUCAAUUAUUUUGAUAUAAGCAAAUUGAUCCAUGAUCCCUGGUGUGCGAUAAAUAGUUCCGACACCAUAGUAAGAGAAACAUCUCCAUAUCAUGAUGCUUGAACUACCAUGCUUCACCAUAUCAUGAUGCUUGAACUACCAUGCUUCACCGUCUUGAGAGUGUACUGUGGCUUGAAUUCAGUGUUUGGAGGUCAUCUAACAAACUGUCUGCGGUCCUUGGACCCAAAAAGAACAAUCUUACUUUCAUCAGUCCACAAAAUGUUUCUCCAUUUCUCUUUAGGCCAGUCGAUAUGUUCUUUGACAAAUUGUAUCGUCUUUAGCGCAUGUCUUUUUUUUUUUUAGUAGCGUGACUUUGCGGGGGCUUCUUCCUGAUAGAUUAGCCUCACACAAGCAUCUUCUAAUUGUCACAGUACUCACAGGUAACUUCAGACUGCCUCUGAUCUCCCUGGAUGUGGUUAUUGGCUGAGUCUUUGCCAUGCUGGCUAUUGUUCAAUCCAUUCGAAUGGUAGUCUCUCUGGUUUGGCUUUCCAUUUUAAAGCAUUGGAGAUCAUUUUAGCUGAGCAGCCCAUGAUUUUCUGCACUUCUUGAUAUGUUUCCCCCUAUUGAAUCAACGUUUUGAUUAAAGCAGGCUGUUCUUCUGAAUAAUGAAUUACCUCACAGAUUGGACUCCAUAUUCUCCGCUUGUACUUUGUUGUUGUCUCUCUAAGCCUUCUGGUUCUGUAUCCAUAUGUUUAAUGAUUUCUGGAGACACAGGAUUCCCAGACUUUCAUUUACAUAUUCUCUGGUUUUCUGGACUUUGUAACUUGACCCAGUAUUUCAUAUUAAACCUUUGCGUUUGCGAUGGCAGAAAUGAAGCGUUCGAGAGAUCAAAUCAUUUGGAACAGCUGUUUUGGAAAAAGAUUUGAUCUUUUGGAGAAUUUGGAACACAUUACUACAGCGACAUCUGGUGGCCAAAUAAAUGUGAUUUUAAAUUAUUGCACUGAAUAAAUGUGAAUGUUUUCAUG